GGAGAAUCUCAGGCCAAGUGCUGGCAAGGCAGGAAUGCGGGAGGCUUCGCUUGCGCUACUGAGCAUGCUCACCGCCGAAGAUGAACUGCGCAUGCCCAGUAGCGCUUGGAAGGGAAACUGGGCAGGUAAGGUGUUUGCGAUAGCAGCGCGCGAGGAUUUCAUUGCAACCCGAUCCAAGCCACGUUUGCUCGGAGAGCAAGUCCCGUUUGGUUCAGCGGGGUUCCUCUCCAGGAUCGCGGCGUUUGCAUGCUUGCUUGGUGAACUCUCCAGAGAUUCCUGUGGCUUAUUCCCAAUUAAAGCAGAAGUGAUAGGCGCACAAACUGUUGGGGAGGCUAGUUCUGUGGAAGUCGGUGGCACUUACUUCUGAGUAAUCACUGAUCGCGCCGGCCGAGCUGUGCGUGCGGAGAGCUGGAUUCCUAGGGGACCCCGAGAGGUGCACUUACUGUACUUGAUAAUAAACUCAAGCUGAACUCGUUGCUUCUGCUGCCUUACUUCUGAGUAAGCAGGUACAGCACUGAGCUGCAAUGCUUUGAUCACGGAGCAGGAAAGAAGGGGCUUAAUGGAACCCGUGAGUCCCACCCCCUGAUGCUCCCCAGUUUUAGUCAAGUUCACCUCCGUAGCCCUCAAAACAGUAGCUUUGGGUCCGAUCCUAAAUGAGAGUGGGUGAAACCAGGUCACUUCGCUGUCAUUUGAGUACAGUUGGGACAUUAGAUUUAAAUGCAAGAUCCCAUGUUCCGGUUUAGUUUCCUCUUCAAAAACAACAUGUUUUUCCUGCAUUGUAAGUUCUGCCUUGUUCUUACACUCUUUCAUGAGGAAAAAAACAGAACGGAAAGACCGAGACUCGCCAUGGAUAGAAAGUGCUCUCAACUUCUGCCUUCAGUAUGUACGAUUCUGGCAGAUCCAAGGCACCCCCUUUCGGAUGACACUUGUUUGGAAAAGUUGCUGGAUUGGUUUAAGAUGCUGAUUAACACUGGUAAGUUCCAUGGUUAGAUGUUUGUUUUGUAAGGCUUCUCUAAAGCGUCACACACGUGUGGAGAGGAACCCACCUCUUGAAAAAAACAAAACAAGGGGCCUUGAGACCAUGUGGCCCUCCAUAUCCCAUCAACUUGGAAGGUGGUGGAAUGUCCUGCCUUAGAAGUUUUUAAACAGAGGAUGGGUGACCAUCUACUAUUCAUUAUGUGUUCUGUGGCUGAUGGAGGCUGAAGGCCAAGAACAUCUGGACGGCCACAGGAUCUCUAUCUGGAGCUUGUGAUUUUGGCGUUAAGUGGUAUAGAAAUUUGUUUGUUUGUUUAUUUAUUGCAUUUAUAUCCUACCUUUCUCUCUAAGGAGCUCGAGGUAGCAUAUGUGGUUUUCUCUCCCCUCCCCCCUUCAUUUAAGCCCCACAACAACCCUGUGAGGAAGGCUAGGCUGAGAAGCAGGUCAUCCAGUGAAAUUCAUGGCUGAGUGGGGGUUUGAACUCUGGUCUCGCAGGUCCUAAUUCAACACUAACAAAUAUCUAACCUAGAAAAGAGAUCAUAAAGAGGUGAUAGCCGAAAUAUAAUAAUAAUAAUAAUAAUAAUAAUUUAUUUAUACCCCGCCCAUCUGGCUGGGUUUCCCCAGCCACUCUGGGCUGCUUCCAACAGAAUAUAAAAAACAAUACAGUGUCAGACAUUAAAAACUUCCCUAAACAGGGCCGCCUUCACACGUCUUUUAAAAGUAAAAUAGUUGUUUAUUGCCUUGAUAUCUGAUAGGAGGGCAUUCCACAGGGCAGGCGCUACUACCGAGAAGGCCCUCUGCCUGGUUCCCUGUAACCUCACUUCUCGCAGGGAGGGAACCGCCAGAAGGCCCUCGGCGCUGGACCUCAGUGUCUGGGUAGAACGAUGAGGGUGGAGACGCUCCUUCAGGUAUACAGCACUGAGGCUGUUUUUAAGGUCAGCACCAACACUUUGAAUUGUGCUGGGAAAUGUACUGGAAGCCAAUGAAGAUCAUUCAGGACUGGUGUUAUAUGGUCUCAGCAGUCACUCUCAAGUCACCAGUCUAGCUGCUGCAUUCUGGAUUAAUUGCAGUUUCUGAGUCACCUUCAAAGGUAGUCCCAUGUAGAGCGCAUUGCAGUAGUCCAAGCAGGAGAUAACCAGAGCAUGCACCACUCUGGCAAGACAGAAAGUGAAACCAGUGUUCCCCUGCCUGGUGCAAUCUGCCCACCCGCCCACAAUGUUGUUGGACUCCAACUCCCAUCAGUUUCCAGCCAGCAUGGCCAACUGUCAGGGAUGACAGGGGUUGUCGUAUAAAAUGUAGUGAGGGCACCAGGUUGGAGAAGCCUGUUGUAGUUGAUGGAGCAAAUUUGCAGCUCCAGAGAACUCGAAGCAGCUGGUUCAAAUAGCAAGAAAGGAUAUUUUGCUUUAAAUGUUAGGAAGCACUUCCCGAGGGUAUAAGGUGUGAAGGGCUGGGGGCAUGUGAAAUUUCUUAACAGGUUGAGACUGUGUUUCCAGGUAGAGCUAGGAAAUCCCCUGCCUUAAAAUACGGAGAGUCAGUGCGGAGAAGACUGAGCAAGGCAGCUUCCUAUUGCAUCACUAGGACUUAAUUCUGAGUAGAGCGCAGAGGCUUUGCCCUACAUAAGUUUUGUCUUCUAACUAACCAUCUGGUCAUUCCCUGCUGGCCCCUCUUUCCCCCCUCCCAGGAUCCAGCCUGUUGCUGUUAGAGGAAAACCCGUGUUUGAAGGAGCUGGUCCUGGCUGUGCUCAGACAAGAGGAGCCAAAUCCCACCAUCCUUUCCUUCGUCCUGAGGCUCACUGGGAUAUUUGCUGCCUCCGAAAGUAGUUUCCAACACCUGCAGGUCAGUGAAGUCUUUAGCACCAGCUUGGCUGCAGGAGUUGCUGGAAGGAGGCGUACAAGGUGCCACCCAGCCAUCUUAGGAACUCCAGAUUUAUGUAGGGCUUACUCCUUUUCUUCCCCCUGAAGAUACCCUGCAAGGCAGUGGGGGGUUUGGACCUGAGUUUUCCUUCCCCUGGAUGGGCUCCCUUCCCAGGUGGACGAGCCCCAUCUUCCCCUCACUUCCUUCUACAGUACCUGCAGAAAUUGAAAUACUUUAUUGUCACUUGUACAACUUGUAUACAGUGAGAUUACACGAGCACCCCCCACUCAGCUCUCUUAGUCUUAAUUCCCCACAUUUACAGACGCACACCCACCAAACCCAAAAGUCAGUUGCCCUGUUGUUAUCUUUUCAUUCAGCAGCCUAACAGCCCAGGAUAGAAGCUGUUCUUCACCCUGUUGGUGUGACUAAUCCUGCUUCUAUAUCUUCUGCCUGAAGGCAGGAGAUCAAAAAAGUGCUGGCCAGGGUGUGAAUCAUCCCUGAUAAUUUUCCUCAACGUUCUUCUUCUAUUUCAUCCAGCGGAUUCACGGGACAGCCCAUAAUAUCUUGUGCUGUAUUCAGCACUGCCUUCUUGACCGUUGGACCCGCUCUUGGUCUUGCCGGCUCCAUCCACCAGAGCCUGUCUUUGCAUGCGAGCCUCUCUCGCCCUGACCUAGCCACUGUGAUCCACACGACGGUCACCUCCAGACUGGAUUAUUGUAACUCGCUCUACGUGGGGCUGCCCUUGAGACUGACCCAGAAACUCCAGUGGGUGCAGAAUGCUGCAGCGAGACUCCUUACGGGGUCUUCGCUGCGAGAUCACAUUCACCCGGUGCUACACCAGCUGCACUGGCUCCCGGUGGAGUACAGGAUCAGGUUUAAGGUGCUGGUUUUAACCUUUAAAGCCCUAUACGGCCUAGGACCCUCGUACCUACGGGACCGCCUCUCCUGGUAUGCCCCACAGAGAAACUUACGGUCUUCAGAUAAAAACAUCUUGAAGGUCCCAGGCCACAGAGAAGUUAGGCUGGCCUCAACUAGAGCCAGGGCUUUUUCGGCUGUGGCUCCGAUCUGGUGGAACACUCUGUCACAAGAGACCAGGGCCCUGCGGGACUUGACAUCUUUCCGCAGGGCCUGCAAGACAGAGCUGUUCCACCAGGCCUUUGGCCAGGGCACAGCCUGACUCCCUCCCUUGGCAAUCUUCGCGGAGCUCUGACCCAAUGGUUGCCAGUGGCUUGAAUUAAUUAAUUUUAUAAUGAAUGAUUUUAGAGUGUUGUUUAUGCUGUACUUUUGUACUGUUUUAUUGUUGUUAGCUGCCCUGAGCCCGGCUUCGGCUGGGGAGGGCGGGAUAUAAAUAAAAUUUAUUAUUAUUAUUAUUAUUAAGCCCCUAACUCGCUGAGGGUUUCGGACCCAUCGGUCCAACCCUUAAACUAUAACCACCUACAAAGCACAAAAGAGCAGCGCUAGGUUGCAUGUGUUUCAGGAUUUCCCCCCACGCAGAAAUGGACGUUAGUCAUAGGUCAGUGACCGUGAGAAUCUCCCGCUUUCUUCUGUUCUCGCUUCAGCAGGGAGAAGUCGUCUUUGGUGCCUUUGGAGAAGCGGGGCCUCUGAGCAGUGCAUUGUGGGAAGACGUGUCCAUCCGGAGCGGCUGGGUGCAGGGUGUUUACAGCAUGCUGAAGCACUACAGCGCCUUCCAGUUCUUGUGCAACUCUGGUAAGUGCCAAAAUUUAUACAGCAUCCCUGGGCCUGCCUCUGAGGCACGAGAGGCACCUGUGUCUGGCCAUUGCUCCAUCCAACUUCGUAUUCUCGACACUGCCUAACAGCAUCUGUCCAGGGUUUUGGAAGAAGGCUCUCUCUGUCUUACUGGAGAGGUGAUCUGCUGCUGAAUCGUGUCCGCCCCCCUGAAGGAAGGCAGUGGGACCUCCUAAAACUGAAAACCCAUGGCUAACCUGUCCUUUGAAUCCUGUUGAGAACAUCUUAGCUCCCAAACCUGCAGGGUUGGGGAGCCAGAUGUUGUAGGACUACAUCUCCCAUCAUCCGCGACAGUUGCUCACACUCACUGGGGCUGCUGGGAGUUGUAGUCCAACCACAUCUGGAGGGCCACAGGCUUUCUCCCACUCCGUCUCCCCCUGCUGCCUGGGCUCCCCUUCCUCUGUUGUUUCUCCUCUGUUGGUUUGUAAGCUCCUAGGGGCAAGGCCUUGUCUUUUGUGAAGCAUCAUGUGCCCUGAUGGCUCUGACAUGGAAAUCAUCACCCUCAUAAUUCCAGAGCAGAUGUCUGGCUUGUAACAAUGAGAAAGAGAUGGACCUUUGUCUUGGGCCUCGCGCUGCUUCACUCUGAUCUCCCCAGCCUUCCUUGGGCCACUUGUUUUCUGGGUCGGCAUGCUUUUGUAAUGUCUGCUGCCCCUUAUGGCUAGUAGGGUCAUUUGUUGGGUUAUGGAGCUCACUAGCGAUUGGAGAAGCGCUGCUGAACAGAUGGAAGCUGCCCUUUUUCGCUUUCUCCCUUUCCGAUGUUUGUGCUGUGAGUCCUGUUGCUUACGUAGCCAAAACAGCACCACCCACAUGCACAAGGGAAGCAUCACCCAGAUGAAAAUGCUGGAUGGGAGCCAGCGUGGUGUAGUGGUUAAGAGCGGUGGACUCGUAAUCUGGUGAACCAGGUCCGCGUCUCCGCUCCUCCACAUGCAGCUGCUGGGUGACCUUGGGCUAGUCACGCUUUUCUGAAGUCUCUCAGCCCCACUCACCUCACAGAGUGUUUGUUGUGGGGGAGGAAGGGAAAGGAGAUGGUUAGCUGCUUUGAGACUCCUUUGGGUAGUGAUAAAGCGGGAUAUCAAAUCCAAACUCUUAUAGUAUUCUCCUUCUUCUUCUCUUUUUUUGUUUUGUUUAUCACAUUGAUAUCCCACCUUUUCCCCCAAGGAGCUCAAGGUGGUGUACAUGGUUAUCUUCUUCCCUGUUUCAUCCUUACAACAACCUUGUGAGGUAGGCUGGGCUGAGAGUGACUCACCCAAAGUCACCCAGUGAGUUUCAUGGCUGCGUGUGGGAUUUGAACCCUCCCCUCUGGUCCUAGCCCAGUGCUCAAGCCACUUCUCAUCAUGGACAGGGGGCACCUUAUUACAAAAUUAUUCUGCACCCUUCUCUCUCUGUCUCCCUCAACACCAGGUUCCCUAGAUGUGAUUUUCGCUCUCCAAGGAGACCCGAGCCUGUUUGUUGCGUCAGGAGCCACCCGCCUUCUCGCUCGCGUGCUCAUCUUCUCCGUUCAGUCCGAACCGUCUCGCCUCCUCAGCUCGAUGGACUGCGAUUGGCCGGCUUGCACUCGAAUGAUAGUUGCUCGUGUCGAAGAGUCCCUCAAAUCCCACUCGGCCUCCCGGGCCAAGCAUUCCUUGCAGCUGCUGACGACGUUGUUUGAGCACAACCAGGACGCCUGGACUGAACUGCUCUGGUUGCGGAUCGCAGGAACGGUGGAGUCCCUCCUGACAGAGGAGCCGCUCCAAGUUGGGCACCAGCUGGUGGAUCUGUUCCUCAGCAUGGCAAGGUAGGCGCCUGCACAGUGGCUUUCAUUAAUGUGAGGGGAGGCGAAGGAUGGAGAACUCUGUGGUUCUCCAGAGAUUGAUGGACUCCAGCUUCCAUCAGCUCCCAGCCAGAAUGGCCAGUGGUCAGGGAAGAUAGGAGUUGUAAUCCAGCCAUGGCUGGAGAGCCACCAGUUCCCCAAUCUUGAUCUAUAUCAAAGAGGUCUUCCAAGGUUAAAACCAAUAGUUUGAGCUAUGCUUGGAAUAGAAUUGGGAGCCAUUGGGGAAGAGGAAGACCUGUGGUCCAGCAGCUGCAUUGCCAAAAGAAGCUCCAGAGUUCAGUCUCCAACAUUUCCAGACCACUGACCAGAAACCCCGGGGAGAUGCUGCUAAUUGGUGGGAACCUAUAGUGGAGAACUGAAGUGAAGGCAUGAGGCGGGAGUUGGUAAUGCAGGUGAGCUGUGCAUAAGCAAGCUGCCAGCUAGCUCUGCCGAGGCUCUUUUUAUUAGCACAAUAUGCAAAACCAGUCAGAUACAUUUUGGACUGUGCCCUUUACACGUCUUCCAAUCACACGAUCGUGGGGGGGGGUACAAAGUUAUUUUGGCACCUGUUUCCACCAUGUCAUUUCCCCCUUGAACAAUGUAUAACGAAGGAGACAAAGGUCACAGACAGGGCACAGCAGACCACUAAGAGAGCAAAGGUUAGAUAGGGGGUAUGAGGUUCAGACAGCUGUGGCUUGUCUGCGGGUGGAAGUGUGCUCCACACCUGACGGUCAUUCCUUCAGAGAACCUUUCCCAUCCCUUUGGGACAACCUUCUGGGACCAACAAGCUAGUGGUGGGCGGGGCCAGAGCAAAAGUGGGCAGGGCAGCAGGUGUCAAUUUUACCUUUAUAGAGUAGGCCAGUUUCUGCACACACUCACACACGGCUCUCUAUCCUGCAUCCAAGCAAGCAAGAGGCAUCAUCAGAGGUCAGGGACACAUCCCACCCAGCCAGGCAAAAGUGCUCUGGAGCGAGGAAGUUAUGAAGUAGGGUGGCUUGGGGAGAGGCCUUCAUUUGCCACAACUCCACCUGCCCCACCCGCCCCCAGGAAGGUCACUCAUCUAGGAGAAAGAAAACUCAGAUUUUAAAUCUCCACUACCUUGUGGGAUAUCUUUAGCAGAAGAAAAGGCUGAGGAGUAAACCCUACACAAAGCAGGAGCGGAGUCUCUAAGACUGUUGGAUGGCGCCUUGUACUCCUUCCUGCAACUCCUGCAGCCAAGCUGGUGCCAAACAUCUUGCUCUAUUUUCCCUUGGACCACAUCAGUGAGGCUUGGCCAGGGGGACGGGUCUUGUCGCCUGGGCAGCCCAGGACCUCCAGAUACACUGCCCAAGAUUGUGCCUAGAGAGGUCACUUCAUUGCUGCUAACACAGCAAAAACAGCACAGGAGGCAAAAGUUAUGAGUUCCAGGUUUCUGCAGCCACAGCAGGCGGUGCGAUUCUCCAGUGGUUUGAUUUCACCCCCAGAGGCACACGCCAUGGUCUCUUGAGACAGCCUGCUGGCAACAACAAAUACAUAUCUAAAGGUUAUGCACGCGCAUUAAUGCAUCUUCCUCCCUCCUGUAGGUCUCCUGCAUUCAGCUGCCCCGAAUGCAGCCUCUGGAAGCUGGUGGCACUUGCUCUGAAGACCUUGAGUCUCACUCAGUCGGGCCCUCUGGCCUUGGGACUCCUGAAACUGGAAGCCUGGUAGGGAUUUGUUCCCUUCAAUAUUAAAGCCCAAACCAUUAAGUAUUUUGUUCGACCUUGUUUUCCUUUAACAGAUAAAAUAAUAACAAUAUUUAUUAUUUAUACCUGCCCAUCUGGCUGGGUUUCCCCAGCCACUCUGGGCGGCUCCCAACAGAAGAUUAAAAACAUGAUAAAACAUCAAACAUUAAAAACUUCCCUAAACAGGGCUGCCUUCAGUUGUCUUCUAAAAGUCAGAUAGUUGUUUAUUUCCUUGACCUCUGAAGGGAGGGUGUUCCACAGGGCAGGCGCCACCACCGAGAAGGCCCUCUGCGUGGUUCCCUGUAACCUCACUUCUUGCAGGGAGGGAACCACCAGAAGGCCCUUGGCGCUGGACCUCAGUGUCUGGGCUGAAUGAUGGGGUUGGAGACGCUCCUUCAGGUAUACUGGGCCGAGGCCGUUUAGGGCUUUAAAGGUCAGCACCAACACUUUGAAUUGUGUUUGGAAAUGUACUGGGAGCCAAUGUAGGUCUUUGAGGACUGGUGUUAUGCUUUAUUAUCAUGUUUUUGUAUUGCAUUAGAUGGUUAUUAGAUGUACCGGUACAUUUUUUUGUUUCUUCAGCUUGUAAACCGCCUUGAGUAUUGUAAGAUAGAAAGGAAGUAUACAAAUUAAAAAUGAUGAUGAUGGUCUCGGCGGCCACUCCCCGUCCCCAGAAUCCCUUCUCAAGCCGGCCUUUUCUAUGAAGCCAUGCUUAACCUCCUAGCUUUCACCUGCAGCUGCAACAAAGUCUAAGGCUGCAGCCCUGUGUACCUUUCACUGAGGAGUAAGACCCAUUGAAAGCAAUGGAACUUACUUCUGACUAAAAUGGCAUAGGACUGUGCCCCAAGCACAGGGGAGAGCUGCACGUUCCUUGCUGUUCUUGCCUCUCCUGCCCUCCCACCCUCUCCCCCCUCACAAAUUGCAGCUGCAAGCGGGGCUGAUACCCAAAACACCUGGCUGGGGAAGACGGGACUAUUGCGUUUGUGCAUGCAUUUGCAUUAAUAUAUGGAAUAAAGCUUUGAGGGGAAGUGCGUGGAACAGAUCUCGGUGUUUCAGUUUCUGGGAAUGGAGUUGAGAGAGGACCUAACCUGGGGAGAAAACAGCAAGGACCUGAUGAAGAUUGCACAGGAGAGGUUAUAUUUUCUAAGAAUCAUCCAGAAAAAUAAUCUCUCAGAGGACCUGUUGAUGGUAUUUUACCAUUGUACUUUUGAGAGUGUAUUUUGAGAGUGUAUUGAGAGUGUCUGUGUGUGUGGUUUGGGAGCUUCACAGUCGGGGAAAAGCAGUUCUGUCCAGGGUUGUAAAGACUGCAGAGAGAAGAAUUGGGCACACUCUUCCCACCUUGGAUCAAAUCUAUGCUUCCAGGUGUCAUAAGAAAGCUGCAGAGAUAGUGUAGGAUAGUGCGCACCCCGGAAAUGAUCUCUUUCAGCUUCUGCCUUCUGGAAGAAGGUCCAGGGUCAUAAAGACUUGGACUAGCCGCCUGAGAAACAGUUUCUGUCCAAAUGCGAUUUUGGUUUUAAACGCGGUGUAAGGAGUCUCUAUGAGAGUGUAUUGUAUUUAAUUAUGGGGUAUCAGAGUUUUUAGGGGGCUAACCAGGCUGGGAUAGCAGGCUUGUGGGUUUUUGAAUGUCUGGUGUAGAUUUUUUCAAUUUCGUUGUUCUGUAUGGGACAAUGACAAUAAAGAUUAUCGUAUCGUAACCUACAUUAACACCACAGAGAUGCUGCCUUGCUGCGGAUGCAAGAGAGACCUAACCUGCUCCCUCUCCUCCUUCAAGCCCACAGGCAAUCCAGGUGCAAGGUCUGGGCCUUUUGCUGCAGCCAAUGGGCUGUGUCUUGAGAGGCGCUUCUCCAUCCUUAGAAUUCCCAGGUGCGUUGCUGAGUUAGGAUGCGGCCUCAGUGCUACCAGCCACGGUGGCUCGGCUCUGCGUCCGCGUUAGGAGGCAGCAAUUGCUUCCGAAUACCAAUUGCCGGACGCCACAGGAGGGGAGAGGGCACUUGUGUCCGGGGCCUGCUUUUGGGCUUCCCUUGGGGGCAUCUGCAUGGCCACUGUGGGUACAGAAUUAGGGGGGCCAUAGGCCUGAUUCAGCAGGCUCUUCCUAGUUUCUUAUGUGCACAUAUUGAAUUAAGCGGGAUGGGUGGGUUAAGGGAGCAAAGUACAGUUAACAGGCCCUGAAAUACUUCGCCUGGGCCCAGAUCCAAAGAACAACAGGCCUUGCUAGAAUGUCCCAGGUGGAUUCUGCUCCCUUCUGUAUGGGAGUGCACUAGACAAAAAUUAACCCUCUGCCAUCCUGGUACCCUACAACUGCUUUACACUACAACUCCCAUCAGCCCCAGCCAGGCUGCUCUAGCUGGAGCUGUUAGGAGUUGUAGUCCAGAAUAUCUGGUGGGCACCAGGUUGGGGAAGGCUGCUUUUACUAGCCAUUUCAGAGAAGCCUUUUGCUCUGUUGGUGUCCUCCGGCUUCCCUUUCUCCACUUCCAGGUUUGCCGCCUGAAUCUGCCUCUGUGGAGUCUCUUCUGUCCUCCAGGGCCUCGUGUGUCAGUUUCCUGUGCCAGACUCUGGCUCAUCUGGAGGAAGUCCAGUAUGUGGUAAGAUCUAGAUAAGCAAAGACCCAACCUCCUUUGGCUCCUCCUCCUCCCUGAGCUUUUUAUAGGGAAAAGGUCAUUAGAAGAACUUUUAAGAACUGGUGCCUGUACUCACUUAUUUUCCUCUUUCCUCCUCUUCUCUCUUUCCUUUUGUGCUGCAUCUUUUACAUUAUAGGCCGAGUGGGCAGGGACUCUCUUAUUAUUAAUAUUUGUAAGCCAUGCUGGGAGCCUUUCCUGCCGAAGAGUGGAGGAAAAAUCAGCUCUCCAGGCUUUAAAUGUACCAUCCUUGUGCAGUAUUGAGCUGAAACUCUUGAGAUGCUGAACUCUGGCUUCCUUACCAAAUUUUGCCCUUGUGCAGUGGGGCUGCAGCAUACUCAGAAGCCUGUGUAUAAGACACCUCUAGCAAAUUGGCUGAGAUUGCAUUUAUCCCUUUUCUUCACCAGGCCUCUCUGGCAGUGGAGUUUCCCCACAAGCCUUUGCUCCAGUCCGUGGUGACUGUGCUGCAGUUCUGCGUUGGCCUCGCCAUUCCAGUCUCCCCUCUGGCAGCUAAGAUCGGCAACUUCCUGGUCGGCUGCUUCCGAGUUCAGCGGGCAGCCCUGGGCCUCCUGGGAGCUCUGUCUCGCUGGGCAAGUAAGUACAGGAAAUUUAUUACGGUCAGAGACCAGCUUGAGAAACAGAAAUGGAACUUCAAUCCCAAUAGCAAAGCAAACAUUUAAAACAAUAUCCAACAAUGGGUUUUAAAUUUUAAAGUGCGAUGGGCAUAUAAACACAUAAAAACUUUAAAAUAGACUACCUUAGAGAAAUGACCCAAAGUCGCCCGUGGAUCCAGGUUUGGGAAUUUUCUUAACAAACUAGAUUGAAUCGGGGGAUGGUCUGCGCCUACAGAUCUGUGUGCAGAAUCUGGCGACAAUCCGGGUCGUCUUGUGGUCUUUGCCUAACAGGAGAAGAUCGAAUUUUUGCUUUACUGGGAGGUCAGCAAGCCUCAUCAGCAGGGGGUCAAUGGUUUCUCCCCCUCCCUUGCUAUCUCGGUGUUCCCUGUCGAUUCCAGGGUGACCGCAGCCCUGCAAGAAACCUCCUGGGAGGCAAGGGAAGAACGAGGGCUCCUUUGAUGUUCCUUUCCAGCUUCUCACAGGAUUGUAGAGUUGGAGGGGCCCCAUUGGUCAUUUAGUUCAACCCCCUGCAAUGCAGGAAUCUCAACGAAAGCCUUCCUGACAGAUGACCAUCCUACAUCUGCUUAAAAAUCUCCAAGGAAGGAAGGAGCAGUCAAAUACAACAUUCCUUGUUUUCCUAGAGUGGACAUGCAGGUGGAUGUUUGGUCCAGCCAGUCAGAACUUCCUGUCUCCUCCUGGACUGGAGCAUACUUCCUCUUGCAUGUGACGAGAGGUGGGCGUGACCUUACCUGUGCAGGUAACAAAAGCACAAGGCACACAGCCCUUCUCACUCAUUCUCCAUCUUCCUUUCGUCAUCUGAACUGCAGUGACUGCCAGUCUUCAGUCACUGGGAUUAACCCCCCAUAUGGGAUAGAUCCACAUGUAUAUAUCUUUGUAACUAAAUCUGCCUUCUGGGAUCCAACUGUGAAAAGAAUAUGAGUAAACUACUUUUAUAUACUUAACACAAGAUUGUGGCAUGUUUAUUCUUUUAAGAGGGAAAUAAGGGAUCUUACCAGGAAUCUAUAUUGAGAAGCUUAAACAAGCUAGCAACCAGCUACCCUCUGUGCGUUCAAAGGGGACUGUUAAAACUCUGCUGAGUUAUAGAUCUUGCAAGUGCAAGUUAGGAAGGAUAUUAAUAAACAAUAUAUCCUCUCCUGCCUCCCUGAACAUUCCCACACCCACCACCUCCAGAGAGAGUCUUUUCUACUGUCAAACAGCUUUUACUGUCAGGAAAGUUCUUUCUAAUAUUUAUUUGAAUUUCCUUUUCCUGUAAUUUGAAGCUAUUGGUUUUGGUGCUUGGCUGUGGAGCAGCAGAAAACAGGCUGGCUCCAUCUUCCAUGCGGCAGCCCCUGAGACGUUUGAAGCGUGUAACACAAACACAACAGGUUGCAAAAUCAGUUGCAUUUUUUAUGGUGGGGGGCAAUUCUAGGACCCCCCCUCAUUUGAACCACCCUUCCCUUCCCUUUAAAAUAAACACACAUAUUCAUAUUUGUAACUGCCACAGUGAGUUCCAGAGUUCCGUUUAGUUCCUGAUUAUAUAUUUUUUCCUUAGUGUUGUCUACCGCCCCGGGAUCUUUGGUUAAAGGGCAGUAUAUAAAUUGCAAAGUAAAUAAAUAAGUAAAUAAAAUAACUUCCAACUGUCCUUCUCUGUGUGUGUUUUAGCUUCAGUUUCUGACGAAGUCAUGGAACAAAUCUUUGACAUCCUCCUUGUGUACCUGAAGAGUCCUGAUAGCAGCCCUGCUGUGAGUAUAGAUUCUUUAGUCAGAAGUAGGAGCUCAAGGUGGGAAACGUUUUUCUCUCCCUCUGGUUUAUCCCCACAGCAAUCCUGUGAGGGAGGCUAGAUAGAGAGGCAGUGACUGGGCCCCCCAAGGCCAGCCAGGGAGCUUCAUGACGGCUGAGCAGGGGAUUUGAGCCCUGGGCUCCCAGGUAGCAGCCAGACCCUCCAACUGCUACACCACAUUGGUUCUUGGUUGCAAAAGGAGUGAUUUGGGGAUGGCCAGAGUAAAAGUACCAGGAUGUUGGUCAUCCUGGGGGAUUUAUUUCACAGCAUUCCCCUUUUUCAGGUUUUGAAGAAGGCAUUCCAAGCAACGCUGAAGUGGCUUCCAAGCACCUCGGAAGCAUCUGACUCUGCUGGCGACUUCCAGCGGCACAAACAGUUUCUCAGAGGUAAAUUUGCAAGCCUGUUUCUGGCCUAAGUAGCAUUACAGCCAGUGUACUGGACAUCCGGUGAAUCUGAGUGCUGGAAGAACGAGGACUGAGAAAAGAAAUUACAGUGGUACCUCAGUUUACGAACUUAAUCCGUUCCGGAAGUCCGUUCUUAAACCGAAACUGUUCAUAAACCGAGGUGCGCUUUCUCUAAUGAGGCCUCCCGCCGCCAGUGCCCUUCCACCGUUCGGAUUCUGUUCUUAGACUGCGGUAAAGUUCGCAAACUGGGACACUACUUCCGGUUUUGCGGAGUUUGUAAACCAAAUUGUUCGUAAACAGGGCUGUUCUUAAACCGAGGUACCCCUGUACUUCUUUGCCCAGCACGAAGUUAAACUACGGAACUCACCCCCACCCCCACAGGAAGCAGCGAUGGUCACCAACCCAGGUGGCUGUAAUAAUAAUAAUAAUUUAUUUAUUAUUUAUACCUUGCCCAUCUGGCUGGGUUUCCCCAGCCACUCUGGGCGGCUUUCAACAACAUAUUAAAAUACAGUAAUGCAUCAAACAUUAAAAGCUUCCCCAAACAGGGCUGCCUUCAGAUGUCUUCUAAAAGACUGGUAGUUGUUUUUCUCUUUGACAUCUGGUGGGAGGGCGUUCCACAGGGCGGGCGCCACUACCAAGAAGGCCCUCUGCCUGCUUCCCUGUAGCCUCACUUGUCACAGGGAGGGAACCGCCAGAAGGCCCUCAGUGCUGGACCUCAGCGUCCGGGUAGAACGAUGGGGGUGGAGACGCUCCUUCAGAUAUACUGGACUGAGAAGAGCAGACAAAUUAUUGAAGGGAGAGAGGGCUCUGGGCUGCCUCCACAGUCAAGGCUUCUGAAUCCCAGUCGGCGGAAAUUGCAGGAGGGGAAAGGGCUUUUGUGCUGAAGUCCUGCUUGUGGGUUUCCCACACGUGUCUGGUUGGCCACCAUGAAAACAGGGUGCAGGAUUAGAUGGGCCACGGGCCUGAUCCUGCAGGGCUCUUACGAGAUUCUUAUUUAUGGCAGGGGUGGGGAAUCUCAAACCCAGAGCAUGAACCUGCUGUAACAAAAUGCCACACUGUUCCACUUCUUUUGUGAUCUUCCUUCAAAGAGUUCAGUGUGGCCUGGGGACUUUCACUUGUCUUCACCCCCAGAUGCAGAUGGGGUUGUAACUUACAGUGCUGUCCUACUCAGAAGUGACCCCCAGGUAACAGACGUCACUGGGUUAAAGCUGACUGAAAGUCCAGAGGCAGCAUUAUAAUCAAUUUACGAUGGGGUGGAAGGUAUAUAGGCUAUGAAGGACUUGCUCACACAUUUAUUGACAGCUGCAUGAGUUAUUAUAGCUAGGAAGUGGAAGGGGCAAGCAGAAUAUAAAAUGGAAGAACGGUAUAAAGAGGUGUGGGGUAUAGCUAUUAAUGAUAAAUUGACAUGUACCAUUAAGGUAAGAUGUGGAAUAUGCAGGAGAAAUUAUUUUGAGGAGAUAUGGAGGGUGUUUGUAGAAUUUGUACUGUUAAAAGGGAAAGGGGGUCAAACCAUCGCAAGAGGUGUUGAAAUUUUGGGAGGUUGGGUAGUUACAAUGGAAUGGUCUCAGUGGCGGGGUGCACAUUUUUAUUCUUAUUUAUUUAUGAUUAUAACUUUGUCAAAAUAAAAUCAAAAAUUUAAAUUUAAAAGGGGGGGGGAGAAGUGACCCCCAUUCAGUUCAAUGGGACUUUACUCACAAUGUGUAAAGCUUGGCAGACUUGACGUUGUUUCAUAAGCUGCAACAGUUCUGUCUGUGACGCCCUCUCUGUCUCCCACCCCCUUGGAGCAGACAUGCUGCCCAUCUUGCAGAAGCGCAUGCACAGCCCCAGCUGGGAAGUGCGCGACUCGGCCCUGGAGCAUCUCACGCAAGUGAUGAAGCGCCUGAGAGGUAAGUGCAGGGAAGGCAGAACCUGUAGGCAGGGGGCACAGCUGGGUGACGAAGGAGCAGUCCCCCUUAGAAGCACAGAGUGAGUGGCAGAGACCCUGAGCAUCCUCUGGUCCAACCCGCUUCAAUGCGGGAAUCUCAGCUAAAGCAUCCGUGACAGACAGCCAUCCAGCCUCUCCUUAGAAACUGCCAAGGAAGGAGAGUCCACAACCGUCAAUGGGCUUGAUGAGCUAAAACAGGAGACAGGGCCGUCUUUCCCCGGGGGUGCAAGGGGUGCGGUCACCCAGGCACCGAAUUCUGUUGGGCGCCAGGCUAAGCUCUUAACUAUCUACCUGUUACAAAAUAAUAAAUAAUUUUGAUCAAGCUAGAAAAACAAAACACAUACAUUGGUACCUCAGGUUACAUACGCUUCAGGUUACAUAUGCUUCAGGUUACAGACUCCGCUAACCCAGAAAUAGUACCUCGGGUUAAGAACUUUGCUUCAGGAUGAGAACAGAAAUUGUGCAGCGGCAGCGGGAGGCCCCAUUUGCUAAAGUGGGGCUACAGGUUAAGAACAGUUUCAGGUUAAGAACGGAACGAAUUAAGUACUUAACCAGAGAUACCACUGUAUAUACCUAGGUAUUACCGAAAUGUAUACCUACUGUUUCACUAAAGGACUUUCAACUUUGUGCGCUCAUUUACCAAAUAUGCGCCGUGGCAGUGGUGGUGCUUGUCAGACUCAACGAUGGCGCUUGUCAUUCUCAACGGUGCCAUGCACACGAAAUUGACUAAAUUUGGGGGCGCUGGGCAGAUCUUUGCACCCCGGUGGCACAUACGCUAAAGACGGCCCUGACAAAAGAGGAGGACUGCUGGCCCAACCUGGUCUGCCGGGGCAUUUUGGGCUGGCCCUGCUCUUCUGCUCUAACUUCAUGUCAUGUGUGGUGGCCAGGCUGGGUGGGCAUGAUGGGAGUUGUAGUCCAAAACAGCUGGAAGGCUUGAUUAAUCCUUGCAUUCACUGCAGUUUUAGAAUGGAGGUGUGUUUUCCCCCCUAAAAGCUCUGGGAAAAUUGUUUUCAUGGCUCCCUGUACUAUAAAAAAUAUUUGCUAUCUGCUAAGAUACAGUGGUACCUCGCAAGACGAAUGCCUCGCAAGACGAAAAAUGCGCAAGACGAAAGAGUUUUCCGUUUUUUGAGUCGUUCAGCAAGACGAAUUUCCCUAUGGGCUUGCUUCGCAAGACGAAACGUCUUGUGAGUUCUUGCGAGUUUGUUUCCUUUUUCUUAAAGUCGCUAAGCCGCUAAGCCGUUAAUAGCCGCUAAGCCGCUAAUAGCCGUGCUUCGCAAGACGAAAAAACCGCAAGAUGAAGAGACUCACGGAACGGAUUAAUUUUGUCUUGUGAGGCACCACUGUAAGGCUUUUGGCUUCAUGCGUUUUGUGUGUGCUGCUACAGAAAGGGUGUUUUAGUGGAGCUGUGUUUUUAAUUUCUUUUAACCAGUACGUCACCCAGACAACUUUACUUAUUGGGUGAAUUAUAAACGGAGUCAGUAAAUAAAAUGCAUGCCUUGAUUGGGGGUGGAGAAGGAGAGGAUAGGGGGAAAGUGGGGGCUCUCACACUUCAUGAGCUUCUGGUUGGGGGCUUUUUCUGCCCAUGAGCUCCCAGUUAGCUGACACUUCCUUGCCAGGAAUGUCUCAGCAAAAAGAAUUCCUGGCUGCACACCUGCCUCCGCCCCUGCCUUUGGGCUUUGCAAUGACAACGUCAGGGGAGUCUGGCUGCUGGCCAGGCAGAAGGCCCAUUGAGUCCAGUAUCGUGUUCUCACAGUCGGUCAGCUCGUAAGCUAGGCAUGAGUAAAAGAACCCUCUCCCUUCUUGUGAUUCUCAGCAUCUGGCAAUCAGAGGCGUACAAGCCAUCUACAGCUUUAUUCCCCCGUGAUUUUGUCACCCUGUUUUAAAGCCGUUCCGGUUGGUGACUUUAAAUGCACACCAGAAGCGGCUGCAACAAAACGUUGUAGCAUGGAAUGCUUCCCUCUUCAGGAUUCCAGGCAUCAGUACAUCUGAUGGAGCGAAUUAUGACCUCUGUGCGCUGCGGGGGCCAGUCUGGAGACUGUGAGCCUUCCUAGGAAGCCUGUGUGCUCUUGGCAAGAUCUGUCCGGGGCCAGGCAUUUGCUUUAAUGGUAGGGACAGAGGGCUGAUGGGAUCAGGCACUGUUUAUUUUUUCCCUUUUUGUGUUCAUCUCUACACAGGGCAGGAGUGGUUCUGGCAAGAGCUUCUCUCUUCGGAAGUGCUGCCGCUGGCAGAGGGCCUCCUGGCCGACCCAGAGAGCUACGUGCGAGCCAGUGCGGUGGAAGCCUUGGGGCAGUUUUCCUUGCUUGCUAGCGCUGACUCGAAGAAGCCCGGCUCAGAGAACAAUGGCAGCAACAAAGAGGUACAGUCCUCUUUGCUGAGCACGUUUUUGUCCCUGCCUUUUCACGCGGCAAGGCAGGGGGGCCGCAUUCAGACCGGAAGACUACAGCUCUGUUUACGGGGGGGGGGGGCGCUUUGGGUGGGUUUCCCCUGAAAGGGCAGUCUAGAAAUACAGUCGUACCUUGGAAGUUGAACGGAAUCCGUCCUGGAAGUCCGUCCGACUUCCAGAACGUUCAAAAACCAAAGUGCAGCUUCUGAUUGGCUGCAGGAAUCUCCUGGAGCCAAUCGGAAGCCUUGCCGGACGUUCGGCUUCUGAAAGAACAUUAAAAAAACCAGAACAGUCACUUCCAGGUUUUGAUUGUUCAGGAGCCAAAAUGUUGGGAGAACGAGGCUGUUCGACUUCCAAGGUACGACUGUACUAUGAAGCAAUAAAUAGGAUAUUGAAACAAAACCCGGCUGCUAGGAGGUCGGUAGGUGUGCAGCGAUUGGAGCUCAUCGCACCAAUCUUACACCAACUGCAAUGGUUAGUUCUUGAGUUUCUGGGCUCAGUUCAAAGUGCUUUUAGAAUCACAGAAUCUUAGAGCUGGAAGGGACUCCCGAGGGUCAUCUAGACCAACCCCCCUGCAGUGCAGGAAUCUCAACUUAAAGCAUCCCUGCCAGGUGUAUGAACCCUUGCAGGGUGCAGUACUCCUGUUCAGCAUUCCAUGGCCUUUGCCAGAACACUCCAUUCUCUCUUCCCUCUGGUUUUCUCUUCACCCCCUUCCCCCCCAAAAUCAGCCAACAUGAAAUGGCCACUCAGCACACUCAGUCCUCACUGGGCUGUUUGGGCCCCACCCCACAACUUUAGGGUUCAACACAUCCUGCAAAUACUUCUUUGUAUUUCUGCAGACCUUGUGGGGUGGUGGUUUUGGCUGUAUAAGGAGAAUGGAUUUGGCUGUAGUAGUAGUAGUAAUAAUAAUAAUAAAUUUUAUUUAUACCCCGCUCUCCCCAGCCAAGACCGGGCUCAGGGCGGCUAACAACCGAUAUAAAAACAAAUUGAUUGAAAUAAAAAACAAGAUUAAAAUACAACAUUAAAAUAUUAAAACAUUAAAAUGCAGCCUCAUUUCAAUGGAAACUCAAAUCAAAAACUUUUUUGGGGAUGAAAACGUCAAAUCUUCACCAAGGCUAACUAUCCAGACUGGUCCUACAUGGACCAGAAAAAAGCCAGGGAAGUCCGCAAAUAGGAGUUCCAUCACAGGAGGAGAAAGGGAAAAAGAAAGAGGGGAAGGAAAUCAAACUGAUUCCAAGCCAAAGGCCAGGCGGAACAACUCUGUCUUCCAGGCCCUGCGGAAAGAAAUCAGAUCCUGCAGGGCCCUGGUCUCAUGAGCCAGUGUUGAAAAGGCCCUGGCUCUGGUUGAGGCUAAUCUAACUUCUAACUUGUAUAAGGAGAAUGGGUUUGCUUUGGUAGGGGAAGAAUGCGCACCAUGUUUCCCUGGUGCCGCAGGAGUUAACACGAUGUGGGUUUCUCCCCCCACCUAGCAUAGCUUGCAAACAGUGUUCAGAUCCUCCCCAUCUCUUCUCCUUGUCUUUAAGGCCAGCGUUGGGGCUCGCUUGCAGGAAAUCCUAUCCGCUGACUCCGAAGGCUUCCCCCGCAGAGCUGUGAUCCGCGUCUUCAUUGACUGGCUACGGGACGGCCACCCGGAAGUCCUGGCUGACCCUGAGCAGUUUGUUUCCAGAGCGAUCCAAGCCGUGGACAGAGACUUGGACUGGGAAGUCAAGGUCAGCGGCUUGGAACUGGCCAAGGUUUUUGCUGCCAAAUGUCUUGGGCUCUCCGACUGCCCGUACGCCGCUGACUCAUCACCUGCCAGCCAGGCUGCCCGUCGCCUCAAAUCGCUGGAGGCGUUUUGCCGAGUGAAGCUCUUUGAGUUCCUCUUUGGAGCCCUGUAUGACUGCGACAGGCCAGUGGCGCUGAAAGCCUGCGAGAUCCUUUUAGCCGUGAAAUCCAAGAUUUGCAAAGACAGCCGCCUGGAGGAGAGCAGCUUGGAACUGGGCAGCACGUCUCAGCAGCGGGAGGAGAAACAGAGGGAAGAACUGAUCCUUCCUGUUGGAGAGUCGGCUAAAAGGAUUUCCCAGGAUCCAGAGUGCCUGAUCCUUUUCUUAGAGACGACGGACCUGGAGGGUUUGCAGAGAUCUUUAGACAGGAGCAGCGAUCACCUGGAAAAGAGCCCCCAGUCGCUCUUGCAGGAUAUCCUCUCCGCUGCAGGGAAUACGGAAGAUAAUGAAGCAGAUUGCUACUGACAGCUUUCCAAAACGGAGUUGAUCCUUGGGGAGGGCUAGACCCUGACGACCCUCCCCUGACCCCAAAAACUUAAAAGACCACUUUGCAAAAAAACCCCAUGUCUUCCUGCUCAACGGGCACCGUCAUGUAGGGAUUAGUAUGAAACCCAUCUGGAGGAAGACAGCUCUGAUGCAAAUCUGAGAGGGGGGGCGGGAAUCAAAGCGGAGCUAAAACUCACACAAGAAAAUCAAGAGAUGCCCAAGCCAGGAGCGACUGACGAGAUUAUGACAAGCGUAUGAUUGUUGAUUUGUAGAACAUCACCAAAGUCAGGUGAGGAAGUUGUGGCCCUCCAGAUGUUGCUGGACUGCAACUCCCAUCAUCUCUCACCACUGGCCAUGCUGGCUGAAUCUUAUGGUAGUCGGGAGUCCAGCUUUUGGCGGGGCACUGGCUCUCCACCCCUGGUUUAAAAUGCAAAACUCAGUCAAACCCAGGUGGAUCCGCCUUGAAAUAAGGAAACUGCGUCGCAUUUUAAGCCAGCACCACACAAUUAAUAAAGUCUUCGGGAGCCCAUACUGCCAAAAGCUUGCAAUUUCUAAUGAACAAACUAUUCCGCGCAGAUACUGAGAAGUUUCAGGGUGGAUCUGCAAACGACAUGACUGGAUUUUGUACUUGUGCGCAGUGAGAGUUCCUGACAUCUCCUUUCGAUGCACAGAGCCGUGCGUAAGCAGCGUUUGACUACCAAGUUCAAGUCUAGAGGCCCUGCGUGUACCUUUCAGACUUCAGGCAGAAUUGCACACGGGCUUCCAAGUGUUCCCUUUGGCCGAGCAGCUUUGUACCUUUAUAGCUCAGUCCUCCCUUUUGAAAGCAUCGCAGCCAGGUUGGUCCAAUUGAGUUUGAGGCUCGUUACUUGCUGGCUGUUGCCUUUGCAGAGCAAGGGAACAGGUUGGCGAGGAAGGAUUUGUUUUAUUACCAAUUAAAGUUUGUUUUAAAAAAAACAAAAGUUUUUGUCAA